CAGAGGUGUGCUGUGUAACAUGGAGAGCAGCCAGAUAACGCCUGUGGCUUGUUAGCAGGAUUAUUUAAUGUCUUUGUCUGUUCAGGCUGAAGAUUUACUUUUUAGAUGUCUACUCUAUGUAUAGCAACACUAUCCAAGACUUUGGAUUUGUUUGUGAUCCUCCUGUACGUUUCCCAGUGUGCAUCAGGUGUGGAGGUACUAGAGGGGGCGGAGUUUGUUCUCCUGCCCUGUGAGUUUCCCACUUUUGAAGAAAAAGAAUCCACAGCUGUGUGGAGUCGCUAUGAUUUCAAUCCCUCCACAGUUCACCUGCGUCGACGUGAAGGCGAUGACCUUCAGAACCAAAAUGAGCAGUUCAGCGGCCGAACGUCCAUGAAUCCCGACGCUCUGGAAACUGGAGACCUCAGUCUCACUCUGAAAAAGCUUCAGCUGUCUGACAACGGCAGCUACACCUGCACCGUCCACGAGUUUGGAGUUGAAGUCAGUCAGUCAAGAGUGGAACUGCAGGUUCAGAGGGUCAAAGUGGAACUGCAGGUUAAAGGUGGAGUUCCCAUCAGUGUCACAGUGGCUCUGGUUGUCCUGGUUGUAGUUGCAGCUGUCAUCAUCUCUGUCAUCGUGGGUGCUGGAGUUUACUUCAGACACUAUUUUAAGGAAGUCCCACAGGUGGAUGUGGAUUCGGGGGUGGAGUCUGUUCAGCUGCCCUUUAUAACCACAGUUCACCGACGUGAAGAUGUAACUGUAAAGUGGACUGACAACUCCAACAGGAUAGUCCACGUGUAUAAAAACGGUUCUGACCUCCUUGAAAAACAGCACUGGUUUUACAGAAAUCGAACAAUGAUGAGGAAAAACCUGCGGAUAGCUGUGGACCUCAGCCUGACUCUGAAAUACCCGACAAACAGAGACACAAACACCUACACCUGCACCGUCUGUGACAGGGAGGGGAACGCCCUGAUGAUGAAACAAGUGAAGCUCUAUGUCAGAGUCCCCCUGGUGCAGGUGGAGGAGGGGGUCGAGUCUGUACAGCUGCCCUGCAAAACCAAACUUCACCUGCCUAAAGACAGUAAAGUGGAGUGGACCUACAUUUACAUCCGGACCACAAAGGUCCACGUGUAUGAGAACGGGUGUGGCCAGCCUGAAGAGCAAGACCACUUUUACAGAGACCGAACGAAGAUGAAUGAAGACCUGCUGAAAACUGGAGACCUCAGUCUGACCCUGAAAUACCCCACAGACAGAGACAACGAAGUCUACACCUGCACCGUCUACAGCAGGGAGGGAAACAUCCUGCUGAAGAGAGAAGUGAAGCUUCGAGUCAAUGUCUGUCAGGUGGAGGUGGAGGAGGGGGCGGCGUCUGUCCAGCUGCCCUUCAAAACCACACAAAACCUGCCUGAAGAUGCUGAAGUGGAGUGGUGGCGCUAUGAACCCGAACCACCAAAGACGGUUCACAAAUAUCAGACCGGCUUUGACCAGACUGAUGCACGAGACCAGUUUUUCAGAGAGCGAAACGAAAUGAGAGACGACUCACUUAAAAAUGGUGACCUCAGUCUGACCCUGAAUUACCCCACAGACAGAGACACGGGAAAGUACAUCUGCAGAGUUGAGAGCAAAAGGAUCAAGAGAAAGAAAACAGUUCUGCUCAAAGUGAUAAACUGUCUGCUGGAGGUGGAUCCAGGGGCGGAGUCUGUCCAGCUGCCCUUCACAACCACACAAAACCUGCCUGAAGAUGCUAAAGUGGUGUGGAGACGCAUUGACCCUGUACCAUCAGUGUUGGUUCACAUGUAUGAGAACGGCUCUGACCAGCCUGAAGAACAGCACCAGGUUUACAGAGACCGAACGAAGAUGAAUGAAGACCUGCUGAAAACUGGAGACCUCAGUCUGACCCUGAAAUACCCCACAGAGAGAGACAGUGGAGAAUACAUCUGUAAUGUCAGCAGCAAAGAAAAAAGUAUUUCAAGAAAGACCACCGUGCUACUAAAGGUCAAAGGGAGAGUUCAGGUCCAGGAUCAAACAGGGGACAUCAGGAACAGAAGCAGCUCCAUUGAUCCGACUCCUCUGAUGGCUGAUCAAUCACUUUGACUUCUCUGCUUAGUUUAGGAUCAGCUUUUAGUUCAAACAGAGAUGGAAAAAAUAACAGUUUCUCAAAUAAAUCAUUUUUAUUUAACUAUGCAACACAUUAAGAGCAAAUAUUUGUUAUAAUGGGUAAAGCUAGUUAAAGAAGUUCUAAAGAUGUUUUGAUGUUUUCAAAAUGUCCUGCAGUUAAAAUUAAAGUCCCUUUCUCACGACUACACUUUAAGGAAGGGACUGGGGCACACCAGCCUGCAUGGCAGAGUUACAAGAUGAAAACCACUAGUCAACAAAAUGAAUAUGAAUGCUUGUCUCAAUUUUGGCAGAAAACAUUUUAAUGAUCCUCAAGACUUUUGAGGAAAAAAACCCUGGACUGAUGAGUGUGUCUUAUUACACACUGCAUUUUCAGAAAAGUAACCCCCCUCCCCCAUAUGUAUAUCUAUGUAAAACAUCAUAUGCUAAUAAACUUAUGCAUAGUCACGUAACCGCAAUAAAGAGCUGUGUUACGAGGGAGCAGACGAGAGCGACUGGGGUCAAGCAAAGGAACGGCGUUUGUCAUAGUUCUCUCCCUCGUGCACGAGAUCAAAGCGUUCUGGUUUGUGUCCAAUGCUGUUUGCUGUUGUAGUAGAAUUGUCCAGACCAAUCUAGACCCAUCACUGAACAGACUUGAUUUUAAAAGAAGUAUCAGCUCAGUCAAUGAAAACUUCCAACUGAUAAUACUCAUCAUACUCAUUCUCACUCCUAACUUGUCAAGUGUGUGACGCAUGGUCAGGCUCCCUCUGCUUCACUUAUCAACACGCAGGGGGGUACCCGGCGCGUCGAGAAUUGAUGUGCAGGGUCCUCUUAUUGAAUACUAUAGAUUUGCCUAAACAUUGUUUUUUGACGCUGCGGGAGAGCCUGUUGUCCGUAUAUUUCCGAAAUCACACUGUAGUGACAUAUACAGAACACAAUAAAUUAUAUAAUGUAAAUGUAGCAGAUAAAUUAAUUAUAGGCUAUUACUUUUGUAUCGUUCAUUUAUGGAGGGAUCAGAAAUCUUAGCCAGGAGACAAGUAAAUAUAUCAUGUAAAGAGUCUUUUUCAGUCCUCGGAUUGUAACACUACAACAUCUUCAGUCUGUAAUCAGAGAGUGUCUAUUUGACAGUGACCAAAAUGUCUUUGGAUAGUCUUUGUGAAUGCAAAAAAAACAAGGGUGUUAGCUGGCCGGCAAAAUAAAGAGAGUGUAUGGCACUGA